AUGACUGGAGUUAGACAAUUAAGAAUAAUAGCCUUAACGGCAUUUAUCCUUGGUUUAAUUUUUACUUUGCAUAAAGUUGGUUCCAAUGCUGCAUCUUUGGUUCAUGCACAAGCAUCAGACCAACAACCAAACAAACAUAACACCAAGACUUCUACAUAUACCGCCACUAAUGAGGAUCUAGUUGCUAACCUCAUUGAUUCUAAGAAUGAUGCUGAAACUGAUGACAAAAUAAAUCAAAAAAUUUCCAAAGAUCAAGAUGAAGCAAUCAACGGUAAUAAAAACUCCAAUAAAGAAACCACCAAGGUCAAAUCAGACAAUGGCGAAUAUGACCCAAUAUCUGAUUUGAUAAAAAUUAGAUCGUUAUCACCAAUGACAAUUUUCAGUAAAUCAUAUUGUCCUUUUUCAAAAAAGAUCAAACAAUUAUUAUUGGAAAAAUAUGAUAUAACACCAGCACCAAAUGUUGUUGAAUUAGAUCGAUAUGAAUAUGGAGCUGAAUUACAAAGUUAUUUGGCAGAGAAAAGUGGUAGAAGAACUGUACCAAAUGUAUUGGUUGGGAAAUCGUUUGAAAGUCGAGGUGGUUGUGAUGAAUUUGAAAAACUUCAUAAAGAUAAUGAUUUAAUCAAAUUGCUAGUUGAAUGGGGGUCUGGUCGUUUACAAGUUGCAAAGAAGAAUACCCCAUCAAAUGCGUAA